CCAAUUCUUUAAGCAUCCAGAAAUGAUGAAAGGCUCUUGGGCAAUAUCCAUCCUGCUACUCUUAUCACUACACAAACCCACAUUUUCCUCAAUCCACCAGAAGCUCUCGGAAUUUCAAAGCAGGCUUCAGAAUGCAGCACUACCUCCAUUUCCAUCACUAGAUGGGUCGCAGAAUGGGGGAGUGUUCUACCCUAUUGCAUAUGGGGCUGAUCCAACUGGGGUGAAUGAGAGCAGUGAUGCAAUACUCAGUGCUUUGGCUGAUGCUUUCAGUAUUCGAAAUGGGGUUGAGAUGUUGCCUGGAAUCACUGAUUUGGGUGGUGUGGUCAUAGAUUUACAGGGUGGAAACUACAAGAUCAGCAAACCCAUUAGGUUUCCGGCUGGUGGAGGAAAUCUUCUGGUAUGCCAAGGGACUCUGCGGGCAUCAGACACAUUUCCAGACGAUGAGCAUCUCAUUGAAUUAUGGUCACCAAAUUCGCAUAAACUCAACACAUCCUCCAUCAAUCCUGGUGAUUUCCCCAUCAUCAAAGCCCAAAACAACCCGAUCUACUAUGAAGACAUCACUUUCAGAGAUAUCCUCUUCGAUUCCAACAACAGCGGAGGUGGUCUUUUCAUGAUAGACACCGCCAGAAUCCGCAUCAACAACUGCUUCUUCCUCCACUUCACCACCCAAGGAAUUCUAGUCCAGAAAGGCCACGAGAACUUCAUUUCCUCCUCCUUUCUCGGCCAGCAUUCAACCGUCGGCGGGGACAGGGGCGAGAGAGACUUCUCUGGCACCGCCAUUGAUCUUGCUGGCAACGACAAUGCAGUCACUGAUGUCGCCAUCUUCUCAGCUGCCAUUGGAGUUUUACUCAGAGGACAGGCCAAUAUAAUCACUGGGGUGCACUGCUAUAACAAGGCUACGGGCUUUGGAGGCGUUGGGAUACUGGUGAAGGCAGGUGGCUCACUUACUAGAAUCAGCAACUGUUACUUGGAUUUCAAUGGGAUAGUGAUGGAAGAUCCAAGUCAAGUUCAUGUCACAAAUGGAUUCUUCCUUGGAGAUGGAAAUGUGGUUCUGAAAUCAGUCCAAGGCCAUGUCCGAGGUCUCAACAUUGUUGAUAAUAUGUUCAAUGGCAACCCCUCGAACAUGAAGGCCAUUGUUGAGCUAGAUGGUCAGUUCACUGACAUUGAUCAGGUGGUUGUGGACAGAAACAAUGCGAUUGGGAUGAGCCCGAAAUCGACAGUGGCGAGAUUGACAAUUCCCGGAAAUGGGACUCACUGGGUUGCAGAUUUCUCCUCCCUGCUGCUGUUCCCAAACCGGAUCAAUCAUUUUCAGUACUCGGUUUACGGUCAAGGGGGGUCUGGGUUUGUAGCUCAUUCAGUGACCAAUGUGUCCAAUAAUAUGCUGGUUGUGGAGAGCCAGAAUCCUAUUCAAGGGCUUGUUUCCAUUGUUGUUGAGCAGUGAAGAUCAAAAUAGGAUCUCUUUCAUAGAUGUUUGAAUCUUUGAUGUUAUUACAAUAUAUUGAUGUUCAUGGUCAUUGGACCCUGCACAUGACUUCGAAUUUUCCUAUCUUUUAACUCUCAGAGGAAGAUAAUUGCAAUGAAGAUGGGUCUCUAGAGAUUUUUGAUGAAA